CACCAAUCAGUCCAGUCCCUCACACGGCGAUCCGCAGGCCGGCAGUGGGCACACGCCGCGCGACGUGCUCUGCGAAAUACGUGCUCAAAAUUGAGCAAAUAGCAAACAAAAUAACUGUAAAUUAAACUUAAACAUUAAAAUUCGAAAGUCAAAAAUUAAUAAGUACAUACUUAUUUAAGAAGUUACUUAAGGCAGAAAGAAAACUAUCUGUCUUAAAAAAUAAAUGUUAAUGUACUCGUACGAGCAGAUAAUUGUAUUAAAAAAUAAUAGAUAAAAAUGAUUGGAGGCCUGAAACUUAGUUAAGUGGACUUGUAAAAGGCGUAUUUUUUGGCAAAAGUACCUAGUGAUUUUUUUGUGGGUAAAAUGAAUAAACAGAAGGAGAUAGACCUGGACCCGAUCCUGCUGGAGGUGGGGCAGUUCGGACGCUACCAGCUCAAGAACUACUGCCUCAUCCUCGUCCCCAUCAUGUUCAGCGCCAUAUACAACAGCCAGUAUAUCUUCGCAGCCGCCAAUGUGCCCUAUAGAUGCAAGGUCCCGGAAUGCGAGGCGGACCCGCCCAAGUUCGAGACGAACGGCUGGGGCCCGUGGGCGCUGCCGGACGGGCGGGGGCGCUGCGAGCGGUUUGUGCCGCUGGGCACCACGUGCGCCGCCGACUCCUUCCACCCCACCGACAGCAAGCUCUGCUCCAGCUGGGUCUAUGAGAGCCACGACACUAUCGUCUCCACGUUCGACCUGGCGUGCGAGGAGUGGAAGCGCACGCUGGUGGGCACGCUGCACAGCGCCGGCAUCUUCCUGGCGCUGCCGCUCACCGCCUACAUCUCUGACAAUUUCGGUCGUCGGGUAGCGUUCAUCCUGACGUCCAUCGCCCCGGCGGCCGUGGGGCUCGGGCGCUCCUUCUCCCAGGACUACGUCACGUACUGCGUGCUGGAGUUCUUGGACGCUGUCGUGGGCGCUGGCGUCUACAGCUCGGGCUUCAUUCUCGCUCUAGAAAUGAUGGGGCUCAACAAGCGUGUCCUCGGAGGCAACAUAAUAUCUUGCACCUUCGCAGCCGGACAAGCGAUGGUCGCGCUGGCGGCGUGGGCCAUUCCGGAGUGGAGGACGCUCACCAGAGUGCUCUACGUGCCUUCCUUCCUCUUUGUGUUAUACUUCUUUCUCAUUGAAGAAAGCGUUCGGUGGUUGCUGAGUAAAGGCAGGAAAAAGGAAGCGGCUGACAUCAUCUUCAAAGCAGCCACUGUCAACAAAAGGAAACUUUCUCCUGAAACUAUCAAAAUAUUGACCGACGACACGCCAGCGACGCCAGAUCUUGCCAAACUAGAAGCAGAUCCGGAUAAAAAGGAAGAUUCGCUCGUUUUGCAAGUGUUGAAAUCUAGAGUUAUGGUUUCGAGGUUGUUUAUAUGCUCGUUCUGGUGGAUCACAGUGACGUUCAUCUACUACGGCCUCUCCAUAAACUCCGUGUCGCUGGCGGGCAACAGCUACGUGAACUACAUCCUCACGGCGCUCAUCGAGAUCCCCGGCUACUGCAUCAGCGUCCUGACUCUGGACCGAUUUGGGAGAAAGAGCUCUAUCAUGACCGCCUUCUUCAUUUGUGGCGUUUCCUUGGUCUGCCUACCCUUCAUUCCUGUAUCUCUGUCGUGGCUGCAGACGUGCAUGAACCUGCUGGGCAAGCUGUGCAUCAGCAUGGCGUUCAGCAGCAUCUACAUCUACACGUCGGAGCUGUACCCCACCACGCUGCGCCACAGCCUGGUGGCCGUGUGCUCCAUGGCCGGCCGGAUCGGGCAGGUCGUGGCGCCGCAGACGCCUCUCCUGAUGGCGUAUAUGGAGUCGCUCCCGUACCUGCUGUUCGGCAUAAUGGCUGGCGGCUCCGGCCUGCUGAUGCUGCUGACGCCGGAGACUCUGAACAUGCGGCUGCCCGACACCGUGCGGCAGGCCGAGGGCAUCUCCACCGCGCCGCGUACGCAGCACACCACUGACAUCAUCGUAGACUAGACAUAAUGGCGGCGGCUCCGGCCUGCUGAUGCUGCUGACGCCGGAGACGCUGAACAUGCGGCUGCCCGACACCGUGCGGCAGGCCGAGGGCACCUCCACCGCGCCGCGUACGCAGCACACCACUGACAUCAUCGUAGACUAGACAUAAUGGCGGCGGCUCCGGCCUGCUGAUGCUGCUGACGCCGGAGACGCUGAACAUGCGGCUGCCCGACACCGUGCGGCAGGCCGAGGGCACCUCCACCGCGCCGCGUACGCAGCACACCACUGACAUCAUCGUAGACUAGACAUAAUGGCGGCGGCUCCGGCCUGCUGAUGCUGCUGACGCCGGAGACGCUGAACAUGCGGCUGCCCGACACCGUGCGGCAGGCCGAGGGCAUCUCCACCGCGCCGCGUACGCAGCACACCACUGACAUCAUCGUAGACUAGACAUAAUGGCGGCGGCUCCGGCCUGCUGAUGCUGCUGACGCCGGAGACGCUGAACAUCCGGCUGCCCGACACCGUGCGGCAGGCCGAGGGCAUCUCCACCGCGCCGCGUACGCAGCACACCACUGACAUCAUCGUAGACUAGACAUAAUGGCGGGCGGCUCCGGCCUGCUGAUGCUGCUGACGCCGGAGACGCUGAACAUGCGGCUGCUCGACGGCAGACCGAGGGCAAAGGGUAGACUAGACCCAAGGGUCUAUAUAGCCUAACUCAAUAUGCAAUGUUUAUCAAUAAACAAAUUAAAAUUGAGCGUAUACUAAUAUCGGUAGUCAUUUUACACCUAAUAAUAGUUUUAGUUAACAUGUUCCUAAAUUAAUGAUAAUAAAAAUUAAUAAGCUUAGAUCAAUAUAUUUAGAUAUUUUUUGAAUAAAAUUUUAUAAAAAAACAUUACAUAAUUUUAUAUAAAUUAGAUAUGAAAUGACAUGCGUUUCCUAACUUUAUUUUUAUUUUGUUUGUUGAUAAAGAUUCGACAUCAAGUUUGGCUGCAGUAUAAUAUGAUAUCAUGACUUAUGUUGCAUGAAACCCAAAUUAUGUCAUCAUCGGGAUUUGUCCUUACACGCACAGGAUUGAUUUCUGUUUUUAUAAACUUUUUGAUAUAUUGUGUAAUUUAAUUCACUUAUAAUCCAUUUAUUUUGAAGCAGAUACUGAAUUCACCCCGCAACUUUAAAAAGAUUUUAUAUGUUUUACUUUAGAAAAUUAAUAUAAUAUUAUGUGAAACAUUACUCUCUAUAUGGUCUAUAUAUGAUUUUUUUAUUCGUUACAAGUUAGCCCUUGACUGCACUUUCACCUAAUGGUAAGUGAUGAUGCAAUUUAAGAUGGAAGCGGGCUAACUUGUUAGGAGUAGGAUGAAAAUCCACACCCCUUUCGGUUUCUACACGACAUCGUACCGGAACGCUAAUGUAUAAAAAAAAAUUCAAAUAUCAAACCGAGUUAAUACAAUAUUUGCAUUUUUAAGAUAUUACGGAAAUGUGCAUGCCGUGUCUACCUUCAUUUGGUUGUGCAGAGCCUUGUGUUUGUGUUUUUUUUUUAGAUUGUAUUUGUGUAAAUGCUGCAAAAUCUUUAGUGUCAGUAGUCAUGGUACGUAUGUCUGCUUUAUGUUUUGACUUAACCUUCAAAGUAUUUAGGUACGUAUAUAGGUGUUUUAUAUUUAUUAUAAUAAUGAUUAAUGAUUAUAUAAUGAGCAGUUUUGUUAAUCGUAUUUAAUGACGAUUAAAUUAAAUAAUGUAUUUCUACCUAGUCGUAAAUUUUAACUUAUUUAUAAGUUUUAGGUAAUUUGUGAAAUAUUUAAUUGCUGACGUACUGUUCAUUAAGUCAGUAACAAAAUUCACAAAUAUUUUAACGGCGGUCGGUGUAUGUCCAACGAGUUUGAAUCGGUGAAAUAGUUUGUUUGGCCAAAGAAAGAGAUAAAAAUUUACGAGUGAAACAUGUAGGUUAUACAUUACCUACUUAGCAUAUAUAUAUUACCUACUUAGCAUAGUUUAUAUUUUACACCAAUGUUGUAUAUUGAACUAUAUAUGAAUUGCGUAAUUUUUUCGGAUUGUGAAUUUUUAAGAAAUAACUAUAAUGUUUGUUCAAUUUUAUUAAUUGGAUGAGUAAGUUACGAGAUCUGUUAAGAACGACACCAGUUGGACGUACACCGACAAAACGCGUAAGUGUGAAUAAUGUUGAGUUAUUGGUGAGUUGUAAUGGUGUUAGUUAUGAAAAUUUGUUUAAUUUUGUUUUUAAUUUCUUAACUUUUAAUUUGUAAGAAUUAUCCUUGUAAGGAAGAAAUUAUUAAGCGAAAUAAAAUGUUCAAAAUACGGAUAACUGAGAAA